AUGAAAUCCAUUUUUAUUUCUACUUCGUCCUUUUGUUUUAUUUUAGUACCACUACGUGCAAGUUUCACUGAUAUUCAUCCCAAUGCAACAUGGUCAAAGAAUGGUAUCACUGUUGUUGGAGGUAAUGGGAAAGGUAGUGGUACCAAUCAACUCUCUAACCCAUUGGGUUUGUACGUCGACGAUGAUCUAACGAUUUAUGUCGCUGAUCGUGAUAAUCAUCGUAUUGUGGAAUGGAAACCUGGUGCAACGGAUGGCACAGUGGUUGCUGGUAGAAAUAGAAAAGGAAAUAAAGCUCAUCAAUUAAAUCAACCACGAGAUGUGAUUAUCGACAAAGAGAGCGAUAGUCUCAUCAUCUCCGAUUUCGGUAAUAAAAGAGUAGUUCGAUGGCCUCGUAGAAAUGGUACUCGUGGAGAAACAAUUAUUUCAAAUAUCGUUUGCUGGGGUUUGACAAUGGACGACAAUGGUUUUCUCUAUGUCGUUGACCAUGGAGAACAUGAAGUAAGACGAUAUAAAAUUGGUGAUACUCAAGGAACAGUGGUUGCAGCUGGCAAUGGAGAAGGAAAUCGGCUCGAUCAAUUCUCUUAUCCCCUCUACGUAUUUGUCGAUCGAGAACAUUCAGUUUAUGUGUCUGAUUAUGAAAAUCAUCGUGUCAUGAAAUGGGAAGAAGGUGCAAAACAAGGCAUUGUUGUAGCCGGUGGUCAAGGAGGAGGAAAUAGUCUUACACAAUUGUAUAAUCCUUAUGGGGUCGUUGUCGAUCAAUUGGGUACUGUCUAUGUGGCUGAUGCUUGGAAUGAUCGAAUCAUGCGUUGGCCAAAAGGAGCCACACAAGGAAGUGUCAUUAUUGGUGGAAAUGGUCGUGGAGCACAGUCGAAUGAACUCCAUGGGACCGAAGGUUUAUCAUUCGAUCGACAUGGUAAUCUCUAUGUCGUCGAAUGCGGAAAUUCUCGAGUAAAAAAAAUUAAUAUCGCAUGA